CCCUAAUAAUUUUUUAUUUUUAUUAUUUUACCAUCGAAUCGUAAUAUUCUAUUCGUCUACUCAUUCAUCUUUCAUUUCGGCUGCGCAUUCUCGUAAUUUCAGUUUGAUCAAUAAAUGGUUUUGUAGAAGUAAAUGCAGAGAAAGAAACUCUGGUGAAGAAAGCAAGUCACCCUUGUUCCCUACAAUGGUCAAUGCCUCAAUGGACACGCAAAAAUAACACAAAUCAUCUAGUUCUUCAUCUUCUGAAACUAACAUUCAAUUGUGCUGGAUUGUUGUAUGUGCUUUAGAUUCACGUUUUUGUGUACUUAAUUUUCUACUUUACGUUUAUUUUUGUAGGACAAUAGUCAAUAAAUAAUGCACUCUUGUGUUGAAUACUUUGCGUAUUCGCUACAUAACCAAAAGGUGAUUAGCAAAGUAGAUCGAAAAAUCCGGUUUCACGUUUCCCAUCAUCGCCUGUCCCGUCGUUUUUCCUGAUCAGAGACGACACGCAAUGCUUGGCUUCUACGCUACACACUCUUUCUACCAGUCUUUCCGGACCAAAAGAAAAACACACCAUUAUGUGUUCAACACAAAUUUAUAUUUGUCCCUCAAAAGUGUAUAGCGAGCGCAACAAUUCAAAUCUAUUAGAUGGCAAUCUCCGGUAACGCCGUGGCAUUUCUCCGGCGACAGCUCCUCCCAACUACGCUAAUCCACGUCACGGCUCUUGACGGCAUCGUGAACGUCAAUUCCCUCUUCUCGCUCGCUCUUUUCCUCGGCCUCACCACAAGCGGAAACAUCACCUUCCCGGUUUCCUCCUCCGCCGCCGCCGGAAACCAACAUCUUCGCCGAUGUGUUGCCGCAAAAGGCCCAGUAUUAGCGGAAAGGCUAGUCUCAAGCCACGUUUACUCUUUCAGCUUCUUUCUCUUCUCCAGCCUCAUCGCUAUGUCUCUCAAGCAAGCGAUCCGGACAACGACCAACGGGAGCAUCGUUGAGGAGGAGGCGCGGGUGCUAAACGCGGGAAUGGGGCGCGUGAAUUUGGCGGCUUUGAGAGUUGGAAUCGUGGCUUCGUGUGUUGGAUCUGUUUUGGGAUGUGGGUUCUUGACGAUGGCUUUAGUGGAUCUUGUUCAGGUCAAGCUUGGGCCUUUGGAAUGUAUGAAAAGCUUUAACACGCUUGCAGCUAUUGUUCCUCUUGUUGUGCUUGUUCCUUCUGCACUUCUUAUCUAUGUCUUACUUGUUCUUUACGCUUUCAUUUAUUAGCACUUUAUUGAUAUUUUCUACAACA